AUGCAGGUCAACGAGGUACCUACUUCACGUCCAUUGUCCGUCCCCGGGAGGGAUCUCGUCGGUGGUGGUGCAACCUACGACGGGGUGAGCUCGAGCUAUCUAGGAGACGGAGGCAAAUCCCCUUGGCCUCGCGAUACCGCAUACGAUUCGGAAGAAAAGGCUGGCGAGCGUCCAAAUCCACACCGCAAGUAUAGCAAAAAGUGGUUCGACUACGCUCGCAAUCGGGCCGUCGAAGUCGGCAGAUGGCCCCAGGUGACUUAUGCGUCCAUCGGAAUCAUCUUGAUCGUCGUCUGGGUGGCAUCAUGUAAGCAUCCACGGAUCGUCUUUGCCAAAUCAGAAGUGAAAGCCCAGGGAAAAACUCGGAUUACAAUGGGGGUAAAGGCCGGGUCGGUGGAGGGGCUUCAAAGUUCAGCUUUUGCUCAAAGGACGCUCAAAAGUUUGACCCCAUUGAGCGCAACCUCCGCGUAUCAUGGGCACUCGUCUACGUCGACAACACUACUGGCAUUGUACAUCCAUCAGGUGAAACUCGAGACAGGUGGCAAGUCAACCUGUACCCGCGACGUCAAGGCCGUCCCCGAGGACCGCCAGGGUAAUGCGACCCUCCUCGCAGAGUUCGACCUCACCCAAGCAGAGCUCGAGCGUAUCGUGUAG